AUGUUCAAUGACAUGCAAAAAGGCACUUUACCCGAUUUAGGCAAAGCAUUGUCUUUACAAUCAGAUUACGAUGACAUUGUGAUAGAGCUUUGGGAUCAUAAUCGUGAUAACAAUACCGAUUACAACGACAAAAUCAUUGCAAUUACGAAAUUCAUAAUUCUCUACACAAAUAUCGAUAACAAAUUGUCUCACAAUGUGUCAUCCACUACUUUCAAACAUUGUCAAUCAUUGUUCAACGAAUUGGACAAAUUUAUUGCUACGUUCCCUGGAAUGUCCGAUCUCAUUCAUAAUUUACAGUUGAAAUUGGAAUCAUCAAAUUUGUCAUCGUCAUUGUCCAAUCUCAAUGUCAGCAACAAUUCUCAUCGUUCGUUAUCACCAAUAAAUUCGAUCAAUCUCGGUUUAGCGGUUCCGAACAGUUCUCAAAUACAACCGUCACAAUGCUCAGUACACAACGUUCAACCACUACUACAACUUUCGCCAAUAGCAACAAGUCAAUCGCCACCUAUCAACAACGUACAAAAUCAUGGUCAGCCAACGAAAAUGAGAGCUGAAGACAUGCCAAAAUUCAAUGGUUCGGCGUUUCAACGGCCAGAAUUCAAAAAUGCUGCCUUUGAAUUAGUCAUCAACAAUACAGCAAUUCCAACAACAUCGAUUGGUACAUCUUCAUCAACAUCAUCAUCUUCUUGGAAAUCUGUUUCAUCAACCGGUGCAAAAGAAUCAACAACAACGACUACUACUACAAAAUCUAAAGCACAAGAUUUUGUUGGAAAAAUGAUGACACAAGAAACAUCAUCAAGUGCACCUAAAUCUGCAUUCCAAGACAGUAAUCUUAAUCAUAAUCAUCAUCAAAAGUUCAGUAAUAAUAAUAUUCGUUGUACAUCAUCACCAUCUACUAUUAUCAGCUCAAAUAAUCAGGAUUGUUUCAAAAAUAAUGAUCGUCGUGUUUAUCUUACUGUUCAUCCACAUAAUGAUAAAUCUGGAUCAUCAUCAACAAAUUCAUCAAAUGUUACUACCGUUCGUUUGCCUGUCAAUUAUUACGAUGGAUUAUUUGAACAAUUACAGCAAAAUUCAACGACAUCAACAAAUAGUCAAACUCGAUCAUAUUCGAAUGUUUUUUCACAACAGUUUCGUCAUUCGUCAUUAAUAUCCGCUGGUUUGGGUAUUGGUAGACAAACAAACAAUACAACAUUGACAUCGACAGCAAACAAAUCUAAUAAUGAUAAUAAUCAUCGUGAAUCAAUUCAACUUCAAUCACAUGAUGCUACAAUAUCAUUACGUCAUCAACAACAACAACAUAUUAAUCUUUGUACACAACCUUCAUCGAUUAAUGAUAUUGAAAAUUCUUCAACAACAACAACGAACAAUGCCGCAUUGAUUGCGACUGGGAUUUUGUCCUCAUCGAAAUCCAAUCGUUCAUCUCUUAACAACAUCAACAACCAAAAUAAAAAGAAUUCAUUUAUCGAUUCGUUCAGACCACAUUCAAAUACAGAAGGAGGUCGAAAUAGCCGUGACAAUUCUAAUGCAAACAACAACAACAAUGAUUCAAAUUCGAACGUCAAGGAAACUUCAGUGAUCGCUGUAUUGAAGAACAAUUUCCUCAAUAGACAUUCACCUUCAUCAACAGUCACAGCCACAUCAACAACAAAUUCCGGUACAACAAAUGUUAAUACAAAUUUUGAUGGAACAUUCGCACCAAUAUCAACAUCAUCACUAUUAUCACCAACAUCAGGUGGUAACGUUAAUGUAAAAUUCAAUUUUCAAGGAAUUCAAAAUACUUCAACAAGUGAAUCAUCAACAUCUGUAGGUAAAUCAACAUCAGUCGAUAUAUCAUCAACAUCAGUCGAUACAUUAUCAACAUCAGUCAAUACAUCAUCAGCAUCAAUCGGUUCAUCAUCAGCAUUUGUCGCUAUCACAUCAUCAUUAGUCGGUACACCAUCAUCAUCGGUCGGUACCUUACAAUCAGCAUCAUCAACAAACACAUCAUCAGAAUCAAUUAUUGGAAAUCAGUCGGUUAACACAGCUUUAGCAAAAACCGAUGUUUCAUCGCAAUAUUCUCAAACGUUAACGACAAAAAUCAAUAAUAUCAAAACCCGUGUCAUUUUUGAUGGCAAAUACAAAUUAUCUUUCAUCUCAAACAAGUUGGUGAAAUUGUUAAAUUUACCGAAAUUCAAAGCUAUGCCCAUUCGAAUUAACGGGUAUGGUAGCAAUCCAAGUCUCAUUGGUCAUUAUUUCACAAUCAUGAAAUUACCAGAUCGAGAUGGCAACAUCACAGAAUUUAAACUAACUAUCGAUGAUACAAUUUGUCAAUUUAAAUUCAAUUCAUUACCAGAAAUCGUUCAACAACAAGUCAAUAAAAUGAUCGACAUCAAUUUCUACGACGAAAACAUUCCGGUCGACAUUCUAAUUGGCAACGGUGAUAUAAAUCGUUUUAGCGUUCUCAAUGUAGACAUAAAUAUCGAACAGUUCAAAAUCUGUAGAACAUCUCUUGGAUAUAUUGUUCAUGGUAAAAUUGAUGAUCAGCAAUUCAACAUUAUUCAACGUUUUACCGACAAUAUCAAUCUUCCCUUUAAUUCAAUGAUUUAUCGAACAAAAUUUCCAAUCGCCAACAACGAUUUCGAUUUAGAUCACAACAUCACAAGUCAUUAUCAAUCAUUGAAUAUACAACAACAAUCGUCCAACAUACAACAAUUAACAGCAGCGAUUCAGAUUAGUCAACAACAACUUACCGAAUCUGCAUCGUCUGAAAACGUUCAAUUGACUAAUUCACCUCGUUUGUAUCAAUUUCAGAACAAGCGACAACCAUUUAAAUCAUCAUCGAAAAUUUCAACAACUAAUUCUUUGCAGGUUAAUCAACAACAACUAAAUGGUUUGAUCUCAAUAAAGUUAGCCAUUGCAAUUAUUUCUCAACCAGUACAUCAAUCAUAUCAAUUUGCAGUUUUGUCAUCAACAUCAACAUCGAUAUCAUCAUCAUUAACGGCAUUCAUAUCGAUUAAUUCUUUAUCAAUGAUGAUGAAAGUAAUCAAUGAUACAAUCAAAUCUACAGUCACACUGUCACCACCAUCAUCGUUGAAUUCUUUCUGGAAAUAUUUGCGCAAUUUCAAUCUUAAAUAUCUAGAAUUUAUUCAUCGUUUUUUCACAAGAUUCAAAUUCUCUAAACUUAGUGACUAUGCAACACUCAAUGAUGGUCAGAACGGACAUGGAAAAUGGUCGUCAGGACAAAUUAUUGAAUCAAAUUCGAAUGCGAAACAUAUCCGUAUCCAUCAUCGAGAGGCCUAUGUAGAAUCGACAAUAAAUUGUUCCAUUUCGAGUGUCGAAAUUAGCCAGGAACACAGCUACUGCAGAGAAAAUUCCAAUGAUGAUGAAACAAAUGCUGAAGAAAAUGCUGAAGAAAAUGCUGAAGAAAAUGCCGAAGAAAAUGCUGAAGAAAAUGCUGAAGAAAAUGCUGAAGAAAAUGCCGAAGAAAAUGCUGAAGAAAAUGCUGAAGAANAUGAUGAUGAUGAUGAUGAUGUUGAUAUGAAUGUCUUUUUAAAUUCUGAUGUUUCGGUUGAAAAAUAUUACGAUUUUAAAGACGAACAUGAUUAUUGUAAACAGUACCUUCGUGAUACGGAAACAAAUGAAUCAAAAAAUGUCGAAGAAAAGGUUACAACAACAAUUUCUAUCAUACCUUCGUGA